CGGGUCUGGCAAAGCGUGAUGACGUAAUGCACUCCAGAAUAGAGCGCGGCGGAGCAGCAACAACACGAGCGUCUUUCUCCGCUCAUUCCGGCUAAUGUUGGCUCGUUUUCGUCGGAUUCGGUCGGUGCGGAAGAGGUCGGAAAGAAGUGGACUUCCGGCGCGAUGUCGGUGCUCGAAGAGGACCGGUGUUACGGUCUGCGCAGCGGGAACGAAGUGAGCCCCGCCAGGAACCAGUCGGUUUUUCACGUAAAACUCACUGACAGCGCGGCGAAAGCUAUCGGCUGUCUCCAGAACGGCAAGGGACUUGUUCUUCAUCCAAGCAUCUGUUUUAACGGAAACCAAGGGAGAAUCACAAUCCCUUGUUCGGACAGUAAAGACGAAGUGAGGAUCUUUACCUUCAGUGUGACCAACGUUGCGCGGAGCAGUCCUCAUGGGAGCUUUGACUGCGUUAGGCAGCUCAGCAAUGGAGCUGCCGAGGAGCUGUCAUGCCUGGGAGUGAUUCAGAAGAAGAUGACUAUCAACGCCACUGAUGACUCGUACGACAAAGCUCGCCAGAGCAUGGCCCAAGCCGAGGAGGAGACGCGCAGCCGAAGCACCAUCGUCAUCAAGAACGGAGGACGCUACCAGGGGAAGAAGGUGACGGUGCGAGCGCCCGCUCCUGCCCUGGCUAAGCUGACCAAACCCAAGCACUCUUCUCACUCCCUCCUGAGCAACAUAAGGAGGCGCAUCAGCGUGUCGAAGAAGAGCCCCUGCCCGUCUAACAGGAAAAAUGCCGACGUGGUGCAGAGGCCCCUCAGAGAGAGGAUCAUGCAUUUGCUGGCUUUGAGGCCGUAUAAGAGACCCGAGCUGAUCCUGAGGCUGCAGAGAGACGGGCUGACGGGGGAAGAAAAAGACGGGCUGGAAUCUGCACUAUCAGAGGUGGCCCAGCUCAGCGGCAGAGACAACACUUUUGUUCUGAAGGACACUUUGUACAAAGAUCUGCGGAAAGACUGGCCAGGCUACACGCCAGGAGACCAGCAGCUUCUGAAACGCGUCCUUGUCAGGAGGCUCUUUCAACCCCAGCAGAACCUCCUCACAGUCCCCGAGGCCCAGGUCAGCCCCCUGCGGGACACCCCCAACUCCUCCCCAGCCCACCGUUUCAAGCACUCCCUGGUGGAGGAUUUCCCCGACGUUUCCAGCAGCAAGAAACCUCGGAUAUCCCGCCUGUCAAACAAAUCCUCCUGUAAAAGGUCGUUACUGAAGCCGCCUGAACAGGAGGACCAAAGAGACACUGAAGGGAUCGCCAAGGCCGAGCGCUGGAACUCGCUCGACGCUGAAAAACUUUUAGACUCGCUGUUAGCAACUUCUACCGAGGAAACGGCUGAAAGGCUGGAGCCGGUGGAGUCGGCUCCACAGGCCUCUGAAGGUCACUCCACCCCCCAGCCCCAUCGAUCCCCCUCCCCCCUGACUGCAUCCGACCUGCAGUGUGCCGAUCGCAAAGGGAAGGAAAGGGAGAAGCUCAAACACAUCCUAGAGGGGUGGAGAACGAAGAAAGACAGAAGAAAAGAUCAGGGUUCAGGAGAUGCGAGCACCAACGCCUCCCAGGCCUGCACAGAACUGAACGAAAUGACGUUUGUGAAAGAAUCAGACGAUGCAGAGGCUUACACAGACACGCCGGACUAUUUAUCAAAGUACACGAGUAUUUGCAGCCACAGUCAGAGACAGAGCUACAAGCAGGACUUCAACAAGGAGUACAGCGAGUACAGAGACCUGCACGCUCGCAUCGACCACACCACGCGGCAGUUCCUGGAGCUGGAGUCUCAGCUCAAACAGCUUCAUCACGGCUCACUGAAAUACAAGACUGUUCACAAUAAAAUCCUUCAGAAAUAUCGCAAAAUCAAGAAGUCUAAUCCGAGCUACAACCAGGACAAAGUUCGCUGUGAGUACCUCCACAACAAACUGGCUCACAUCAAGAAGCUCAUCUCAGACUUCGACCAGCAGCAGCUGACUGCAGACCGCUCGUGCCCUGAAUGAAAAGCCGGGCUUGAGUGGCUUUUCUGCGACGAACCUCGUGAGGCGAGGCAGGUUUGAUGACCUGAUGUUGACCGCUGUGAAUGUCAGGGUCGAGGAGAUUCGUCAGGGAGAUUUGAAACCACAAAAUCUUUCCUUUAGUGACGGAAACUUCUCUGCUGCUAAUGUUACUUUGCUGUAUGCAAAAGGAGAACCCACAGCUCUGCAACACAUGAGACACGUGGAGACAAGGUGCUAAGCUUCAAAACAUUUGUAAGUGCAGUGUUUGUUUUAAAGCAGAAUCCUGUUGGUUUUCUCUCAGCCACGUCAGUGUUUCUACCUGGAAGCAUGAGCGCAUGUUGUACAUACUCCAGAACACAAAGUCUAAGGUCACGCGUGUCCCUCAGUGUUCUCUGGUCUCUACAUGACUGUAAGUGUUGUUCAGUCCGGCGUUUCCUUCGUCUGCUCUAAGACGCCACAGGUUAAUCAUUCAUGCUGUUUUCCACAGCUGACUGUUAUGAAAAGCAAAGUGUUACCUUUAAGUCAGUUCAAGAGGAAACUCCACAUACCUGUCUGUCUUUUUAAACCGGUUUAACUUAUCAUAUGAUCAGAUUUCAUGUUUAUUCUCAGCAGAGAUGGUUAAAAGAAGAUGUGUGAUAAAUGCAUGCUGUGUACUUUGCAGAAUGCAUGAAGAAUUGACCAGUAAGUUUUGUCCUUUUGAAUAAAUAUGAGUAUUAUUUAAUGCAA